AUGUGCCCUCAGACGCCAGCGCUCUCGCUGUGUGAAACAAGAAGUGACUCCAUACUGAUCUCUCGGUGUCUCCCGCACGUUCACUCAGAUCAACACAUCUCUCCUGCUUGUGUUGAGUUGCUGGGGGUUUCUGAAUUACCCUUGUACACACUGUCAGCACUCAUGCCCCAUCUACACCGGGUAUCCCCUCUUGCCCACCAACCUAACAGCAACUUGUUAUCCCUCACUGACCUGAAAGACCUUUCAAAACAAGAACAGAUCAACUCACAGGAGGGAGGCAUUAUCAUUGCUGUUUCUAAGAACAACUCCAAAGAUGAAACAGCGGAAACAUCUGGCUUUAGAUUCUUUUCAUCAUGUUCAUCACGUCUGGUGUUAAUCAUGACUCUAAUUCUCACAGUCAUCAUCACCGUCUGCAUCGCCAUCACAGUGAAGUUCGUGUGUUUCCCAACCAAUGCGCAAGAAAUUGCCACACCUGCUGGUGGUGCACGGAACUGCACCGUCACACCAAUGCCCUUCUAUUCAGUGAAAUAUCCCGUUAAUCACACAGUCAACGUUUCCUCAGAAAAUCUCAUAGAUUGCUCCGCAGCAGUGAACGACACGUCUCGUGGGAUGCGGAUUAUUGGUGGUACGGAGGCUGUGAAGGACCAGUGGGGGUGGCAGACCAGUUUACACUGGCAGGGCAAACACGUGUGUGGAGGGGCUAUUGUGACCUCUCGAUGGGUCAUCACUGCCGCACACUGCUUUGUACAAUAUAACAUGAUGACAGAGUAUCAGUGGGUAGUUGUGAUUGAUACUGUCAGUCUAUCAGAUUUGACUCAAGGUAAACGCUACAAAAUACUGAAAAUAUUCCCACACCCCCUUUACUCAGAGGUCACCAAUGACUACGACCUUUGCCUGCUGCAGACCCAGUCGGAGAUGGAGAUGGGAGAUGGAGUGCGACCCGUGUGUUUACCACGUCUGAGAGAGUCCUUUCUGCCUGGUUCCUCGUGCUGGGUAACUGGUUGGGGUUACACUCAUGAAGGGGGGUCAGUUUCCACACAUUUGAGACAGGCUCUGGUUCAGGUGAUCGAUCAGUCGAUGUGCUCACAGCCGUUUGUGUACGGUGCCCUCCUCACUCCCAGAAUGCUUUGUGCUGGCCUUAUGGAGGGAGGUGUGGACUCUUGUCAGGGUGACAGUGGUGGUCCUCUGGUGUGUAAAACUGCGGAGGGUGAUUGGAGGUUGGCGGGCGUGGUGAGUUGGGGAGAAGGCUGUGGAAGACCCAACAAACCAGGCGUUUACACUCGGACCACUCAACUUUUGCAAUGGAUUGAUCAAUACAUCAAUGAAGAAAAUGAAGAGGCAGUCUCGAUUGUUCCCACACAGGAUAGUGGAUUUUGAAAAACAGUGUCAUUCAGUAUUUUGUUUUUAAAUAACUGAUUGCAUGAAACUUGUAAUAUGAUCUGAACUAAACGUUCAGUGUACGUGCAGACCUGCACAUGAUGACUUUAAUAGCUCUGACAUGAGUCACAGAGGUGCAACAAAAGGCAGUGUCUG